AUGCUGAUCUCGUAUGCGUCCGUCGAAGUCGAGUAUCGGUUUGAGGUACACAAAACCGCCAUAAAUGCAGCCCGCAGCAGCUCCGUCUCCCACAUAUUCUACUCCUCCCUUGCCUUCGCUGGAAACCUCUCACCCACCAGUGUCGCAAGCGUUAUGGGCACGCAUCUACUCACAGAGCAAUACCUAUCCUCCCUCCCUGCUCAAGGGCCGGCUACAUACACAGCUAUCCGCGAGGGCCUGUAUAGCGAGCCAUUCCCGGUCUACACAGCGUGGUUCGAUAUCCAUAACCCUGUGGAGGAGAUUACGACCCCGCAUUCCGGGGAUGGGCCGGGGAUACGGUGGGCGAAGACUGAUGAACUUGGAGAGGCUACUGCGAAGAUGAUUGUUUCCUACGUGCAGAGUUCAGGAGACUUUCUGUGGCUGAAUAAAGCUGUAUUGCUAUCGGGACCACAGGUGUUGUCGUUGAAAGAGACGGCUGAUAUUCUUGGGAGGGUUACUAGGAAGGACGUGAGGAUCAAGGAGAUUUCAGCAAUUGAGUAUGCGGAGUUGCCAUUCAAGGAUAAGUAUUGGUAUCGUGGGGUAAAUCUGUUGAACGAUUAUACGUUGUGCUGGGAGGCGUUUAGACGAAGGGAAACGGCAGUGGUGUCGCCUUUACUGGGGGAGAUAUUGGGGAAGGAGCCGGGGGAUUUUGAGACGACUGUUAGAGGGUUGCUGCAUUAG